GAGCGGAAGUGACGUUGACUCAGAUCAGGUGAGCAGUGUGGGCGGAAGUAGCGCUGUGUCAGCGCCGGAGGCUGAGCCAUCCCCGUCACUGAGCUGUCUACAGGCUGAAAUCCCAUUAUUUCCCUCAUCUCUGGGACCUGCCUCUCCUCCCCGCCACCUGUUUAUCUCCCGUGAUCCUCGGCCUGCUCUGCUACAGCCAUCCCGCUGAUCCCCGCCGCUAUGGAUAACUCCGGGAAGGAGAAGGAGGCCAUGCAGCUGAUGGCCGAGGCCGAAAAGAAAAUAAAGUCAUCCCAGUCCUUCUUCUCCGGGCUGUUCGGGGGCUCAUCCAAGGUGGAAGAAGCUUGUGAACUCUAUGCUCGAGCAGCCAAUAUGUUCAAAAUGGUGAAGAAUUGGAGCGCUGCUGGCAAUGCUUUCUGCCAGGCGGCCCAGCUGCAUCUGCAGGUCCAGAGCAAGCAUGAUGCCGCCACCAACUUUGUGGAUGCUGGAAAUGCUUUUAAGAAGGCCGACCCUCAAGAGGCCAUAAACUGUCUUCUGCGGGCAAUCGAAAUCUACACGGACAUGGGAAGAUUCACCAUUGCAGCCAAACAUCAUAUAUCCAUAGCUGAGAUCUACGAGUCCGAGCUGGUGGACGUAGAGAAGGCAAUAGCCCACUAUGAGCAGGCAGCAGACUACUACAAGGGAGAGGAGUCUAACAGUUCUGCCAACAAAUGUCUUCUAAAAGUUGCCACUUACGCAGCCCAAUUGGAGCAAUACCCAAAAGCUGUAGAAAUCUAUGAGCAGGUUGGCACCAAUGCAAUGGACAGCCCUCUACUGAAGUACAGUGCCAAAGAGUAUUUCUUCAAAGCUGCCCUUUGCCAUUUCUGCAUUGAUAUGUUCAACGCUAAGCUCGCUGUCCAGAAAUACGAGGAGAUGUUCCCAGCGUUCUCCGAUUCCAGAGAGUGUAAACUUAUUAAGAAACUUCUUGAUGCUCAUGAAGAACAGAACGUGGACAACUAUACAGAUGCUGUCAAAGAGUUUGAUUCCAUCUCCCGUCUGGACCAGUGGCUAACCACAAUGCUAUUGCGCAUCAAGAAAACCAUUAAAGGAGAAGAGGAGGAUUUGCGUUAAUGGCCAUCUUUGUUCUCCUUCCCCAUUAGCCAGAGCCCACUUCAGGAAUUUUUAGGGUGGAAUGGGGGAACACUGCUAAUACCCAUUACAUAUUUGACAUAAACGUUUUACCGAGCACAAGAUCCUCUGUUUCUCCUAUUGACUCCUAUUUAGGGAUCAUCUGCUGACUACACAGACUGGAUGCAAGCUUCUUGUGUGGGUUCCAUUGAAGGCACCAUAAAUGAACUCUAUUCUAUACACAUGCAGGCUGCAGUCACUGUGUGUAGUCACCAGAGGGUCUUGAGAUCACAGAGCUAGUAUACAGUACCGCAGCUGUGUAUUGUGACUUUUUUUGCACGUUUUUAGCGACUAAGGUUAAUGCCUUAGUCAACUUAGGUGGGUUCCAUCCACCACUGUCACAACUUGACAGUAUAUUUGUGCAAUCCUUGCUUUUGGAGUGGAAAGCUCAGUCAUUGUACUAUUGCAUGGAUCAUGGCGGCAUGGAAUGGGGGGGGGGGGGGGAUGAGAAAACUUCUUGGAGUUGUUAUCCUGUACUCUAUAAUAUAUAAUUUACCUUUUUAAAGAUAUCCUUACUUGCAGCUCGACCAAAUAUUGGGGUUCUGUAUAUUUUAGUUAUAGGCCAAUGGCCAAGGCUAGGUGUGCCUAUAGGAAUAAGGUCAUUGCACCAUAAAACCUUUUUAUAGGCCUGUACAGAGUAUAUAAAAAGGGCAAAAAAUCUAUAAAUACAUAAUCAUAUAAAUCUAAUAACAGCUGCACACUAUAGACUUGGCACAACUCGUGAGAUUUGGGUCCAGAAACAAACAUUUUGACUUUCUUUGCUUUUAGUGAACGUAGCUGAUGUCUGCAUUUGAGGCUCUUGGUUGUGGGUGAUGCCAAGCUGGCUCUCCAAUACUGACUUGAAGGGCUCCAUUGGAAGAGAGGUGGCAUCACUUUACCCGCUGCAGCCAGCCCAGAGUGCUCAGUCAGUAUGCUGUGCAAUGGUUGUUCCUUUUUUCUUGCAUAGCGCUGUACACGUGCAUAUUUAUCUGCAUUCUCAAAGGCAGGUUUAUUUUUGUUCAUUUCUUUUGUCUUGUCUGUCGUCUUGUGAACCAUCUCAUAAAUAUUGCAGCUGAGCCCGUGUUAAAUAAAGCAAGUGGGAUGUA